AUGGGACUCCAGGCUUCUGGUAUCUGGGUAUGGUUGGCCUUGACGCUUUCCUUCUCAAGUGCAUAUGACAUUAUUCCAGGUAGACCUAUUGACCACACUAAGUCUAUCUGCAGUUCAUGGGGCAACUUCAAUUACAAGACAUUUGAUGGAGUUAUCUAUCAGUUUCCUGGUACCUGCAACUAUAAUUUGGCUUCACACUGUGAUACCUCCUACCAUGAAUUUUCUAUCCACAUCCAGCGCUCCAUAGAGAAUGGUAGCCCUUUAAUUCACCAAAUCCUUGUACAAAUCAAGGAUGUUACCAUUGAAUUGAAGAGGGGUGCUGAGAAGGUGAACGGGGAAACCUUUGAGACACCUUACUUCAGCUAUGGAAUUUUCAUAAACAAGAAAGAUGGCUACACAAAGGUGCAUACAAAGAUUGGUUUGACCCUCACAUGGAAUCAAGAAGAUUCAAUUAUGUUGGAGGUGGAUUCCAAGUAUAAUGGCAAGCUGUGUGGCCUCUGUGGGGAUUAUAAUGGCAUGCCAGUCACUAAUGAAUUUUACCUGAAUGAUAUGCCACUCAACCCUAUCCAGUUUGGAAAUAUGCAAACCAUCAAUGAUCCAACUAUGACCUGUACAAAUGUAGAUGAGGGCCAGCAAAUGAAUGUUUCCAGUUGUGGGCAAUAUUACUCUGUGUGCAAGAGUUACCUCAGCCAAGAUGCUUUUUCAUCAUGCCAAGAUCUUCUCCAUGUAUCAGAUUACAUUAUGGCCUGCAUGCUUGAUGUGUGCUCCUGUAGUAGUGGCAAUGUCUCAUGUCUAUGCAGCACAUUAACUGAGUUUUCAAGGCAAUGCACUCAUGCAGGAGGGCAACCACAGAACUGGAGAACUGAUACCCUCUGUCCUAAGCAGUGCCCUGGAAACAUGAUAUACAAGGAGAGCGGUUCCCCAUGCAUAAGUACAUGUUCUCAUCAUGAAGUAGAAAGCCUUUGUGAGGAACAUAAUAUAGAUGGAUGUUUCUGUCCUGAUGGCACAGUGUGGGAUGACUACAAUAAAACAGGCUGUAUUUCAAGUAGUCAAUGUCAAUGCAAGUAUCAAGGUCAACUCUAUACUCCUGGAUCAAAGAUUUUGAAUGAUUGUGAAGAAUGCUCUUGUAAUGCCGGAAAAUGGACCUGCACACAUGGAGUAUGCCCCAAAGUUUGUUCUAUUGAAGGAGGAGCUCAUUUCAAAACAUUUGAUGGAAAGCCAUUCAAGUUCCAUGGCAACUGUUUCUAUUUGCUGUCUAAGGCAAGGCACAAUGAAACCCACACUAUUUUAGCAGAGCUGACUCCAUGCAAUGCCUAUUCACGGGAAACUUGUUUAAAAACCAUCCAGUUCUACACAGAUGACAAUAACAAUGUCUUGUCCAUCAGAGCUGACGGAUCGGUUUUAUUAAAUGAUCUCAAAAUAGGCCUCCCUCAUGUUACAGGAAGUUUUUCAGUUAUACAGCCAACGGAAUCAAACAUCUUUGUCAAGACAAAAUUCGGUCUCCAAAUUCAAAUCUAUCUCCUACCACUGAUGCAAUUAUACAUUAGCAUGGAUAAUUCCGAUAAGAAUGGAUUUGAAGGUCUUUGUGGUAACUUUAAUUACAUAGAAGGAGAUGACUUCAAAACAUCUGCAGGUAUAGAAGAAUCAACAGCAUCAGCCUUUGCCAACACCUGGAAAAUACAAUCGACUUGCCAAGACUCAGUAGAAAUGCUAAUAGAUCCUUGCAGCUUCAGCAUCGAGACUAAAAUCUAUGCUGAUAAAUGGUGUUCUAUGUUAAGAGAUUCAGAGUCUCCUUUUUGGAAAUGCCAUUUUGCAGUUGACCCCGUUGAAUAUCAUCAGAGGUGUGAGUAUGAUACCUGUAGCUGUAGUCAUAGUGAAGCCUGCAUGUGUGCAACACUGUCCUCAUAUGCCAGAGCCUGUGCUGCAAAAGGAAUUAUCUUGUGGGACUGGAGGAAAGGAAUCUGCGAUAAAGAGAUCCCCAGCUGCCCAUCCUCACAGAUAUACUUGUAUAACAUCACUACUUGCCAGCCUACUUGUCGCUCCCUGGCACAAGGAGAAAAAGAAUGUGACAGUGAAUUUACCCCAAUAGAUGGCUGUGGGUGCCCAGAUGGAAUGUAUGUCAAUGAAAAAGAUGUUUGUGUUUCAAAAUCAGAGUGUUCUUGCUACCACCAAGGAAUGUAUCUUAGACCAAAUGAAGUUUUCUACAGAAUGGGUGAAAGAUGUUCCUGCCGUGAAGGAAAACUUAACUGUGAUUCUUUUAUGAAUGAGACUUGUUCCAAUGGGAAAGUCUUCCUUGACUGUAAAAGGGAAAAGAGAUCUCACGUUUCACGGCACAGGAGCUGUCGAACCCUGAAUAUUAGAGCUGUUGGAAUAGGCUGCAUCUCUGGAUGUGUGUGCCCAGAUGGGCUACUUGAUGAUGGAAAUGGAGGGUGUGUUCAUGAGAGCGCCUGCCCUUGCUCAUAUAACAGUCAAGUGUUUCAUCAUGGAUCUAGACUUAUUGAGGAAUGCAAAUCCUGCACAUGCGAGAGUGGGCUUUGGUCAUGCAUACAAACACCUUGUUAUGGAUCGUGUUCCAUCUAUGGGAGCGGUCAUUAUAUCACCUUUGACAAGAAAUUCUAUGAUUUUGAUGGAAGUUGUGAAUUUGUAGUUGCUCAGGAUUAUUGUGGCAACAGUGCAUCAAAUGGUACCUUUAGAAUAAUCACAGAGAAUAUCCCAUGUGGCACCACUGGAGUAACAUGUUCAAAGUCUAUCAAGAUAUAUUUAGGGAAUACAGAACUGAAGUUGACUAACAGUCACAUGGAGAAAGGUUUUGGAGACUCUGAAACACAAGUGGAAUAUAAAGUCCGUGAAGUGGGUCUUUACCUGGCAAUUCAAACAAGCAGUGAUAUUUCCCUCAUCUGGGACAAGAAAACCUCCUUAUUAAUCAGGCUGCCAUCUUCCUACAAGGGCAAAGUUUGUGGUCUGUGUGGAAAUUAUGAUGAUAAUGCCAACAAUGACUUCCUGACCAGUCAAUUGAUACAAGCCAGCAAUGUAAUGCCAUUUGGAAACAGCUGGAAGCGUAGUAAUGAUUGUCCUGAUGCAGACAGCAUUCCCCAGCCAUGCCUGGCAUCUCCCCACCGAAGAUCCUGGGCUGAAAAGAAGUGUGACAUUAUCACCAAUGAUGUUUUCCGAAAUUGCCAUAGCAAGGUGGAUCCAAAACCCUUCUAUGAUGCUUGUGUAAAUGAUGUCUGCUCCUGUGACACCGGUGGGGACUGUGAGUGCUUCUGCACUGCUGUGGCUGCCUAUGCUCAACUCUGCGCUAAAGCAGAUGUCUGUAUUCACUGGAGAACACCAGAAAUUUGCCCUAUAUUCUGUGACUACUAUAACAAGGAUGAGAGUGAAUGUAUGUGGCACUACUUUGCCUGUGGUCCAGAGAAUAAUCACAACCAUCACAUCACCAAGUUCUGCCGCUCACCACCUGUCACGCACCUGGAAGAUCAAGAAAUAGAAAGCAGCCACAGCCGUGAAAGAAAUGGAAAAUGCUACAGUCUUGUGUGCAAUGGAAACUGUGAAAAAAGAUCAAGGGCGAUAAAAUGUCCACCAGUUACACCACCAAAUCAGGAAAUAAUAAGCAGCCACAGUAGUGAAAAGGAUGGAAAAUGCUACAGUCUUGUAUGUGACAGCAACUGCGAGAAAAGAACAAGCGAGAUAACAUGUCCACCAGUUACACCACCAAAUCAGGAAAUAGAAAGCAGCCACAGCCGUGAAAAGGAUGGAAAAUGCUACAGUCUUGUGUGUGACAGCAACUGCGAGAAAAGAACAAGCGAGAUAACAUGUCCACCAGUUCGACAACGUAGUAAGAACCUAUACGAGGCCCCACCAGAUGAUCCGAAUGAUGGCCUUAGAUUUCUGCAAGAAGCCAACUUAACAAAGUUAUCAGUCCAAGACCGUGAGAUUCUUGAUGCACCUGUAACAGAAAAAGAAAUAUCAGACACAAUCAAACACCUAAAAAAUGGCAAAACACCUGGGCCAGAUGGUUUUACUGCAGAAUUCUACAAACUUUUAUUACCAGAUAUAGUGCCCCUUCUUAAUACCUUAUAUUCAGACACACUUCAGGGUAACCCAUUAUGGCAUGAAGCCAAUGUAGCCCGAAUAAUAUUAAUCCCCAAAGAGGGCAGAGACCCAACGGACCCUAAAUCAUACAGACCAAUUUCACUCUUGAAUCAAGACCUAAAAAUCCUAAAUAAAAUAAUGGCCGAUAGAUUACAGCAGGUACUACCAUCAAUACUUACCGACAAUCAAGUAGGCUUCCUUAAGCAUAGAUAUCCGGUACGAGCCCUGCGACAAAUUCUAACGGCAAUAUACGUCAACAAUCUGGAAAAAAGAAAACAUGGGAUGUUAGUCAAUUUAGAUGCAGAUAAAGCCUUCGAUAGAAUAACACAUUCACAUCUACUUCGGUUACUUAAAUUCCAACACUUUGGCUUACACAUGCUUAACCUUUUCAAGAACCUAUAUUUGACACCCACCACUUUCCUAACAGUAAAUAACGUCAACUCCAACAGAUUCCAAAUCUACAGGGGCACACGUCAAGGCUGCCCACUAUCACCUCUUUUAUUUAACGUUGCUAUUGACCCUUUGCUAAAACACCUAUUACAACACCAAGGACUACACGGCAUUCAAAUAGGACACUCAACGUUAAAAGUUACAGCAUUUGCUGACGAUAUCCUAAUGUUCCUGGGUCAACCCAAAACAGAUAUACCGAUAAUCUUACAACUAAUCGACAGGUUCGGUGCCAUUGCAGGAUUCCAGCCACAACACCACAUGAAAGAAAAUGUCUCUGUCAUCAUGAUGGAAGAGUGUACAUGCCAGCCGCAACACCACACAAAAGAAAAUGUGUCUGUCGUCACGAGGGAAGAGUCUAUGUGCCAGGUAAAGAAUGCAAUACUAGAAUCAGAGGAACUUCACAAUAGCCAGACAGAACACUGCCGUUACCUAUAG